AUGUCUAACCAAGCACCUUCUUACAAGACGCCUAGCAGAGGUCCUGAUCCUAUUCUCUUGACGCUCUUCGCCAACCGCUUCAUGAGCGUCGCGGAGGCGAUGGGACGAUCCCUUCAACAGACUGCUAUCAGCACGAAUAUCAAGGAGCGCCUCGAUUUUUCCUGCGCUUUGUUCGCUCCAGAUGGAGACUUGGUCGCGAAUGCGCCCUUCAUUCCCAUCCAUCUUGGUUCAAUGAGCUUUGCGGUAAAGUAUCAAAUGAAGCUUCACGGGAAGUCAUUGAAAGAAGGCGACGUUCUCAUGACGAACUCUCCUCAUGCAGGCGGCUCACAUCUUCCUGAUAUAACGAUCAUAACACCCGUCUUUGACUCCAAGACAAAAGAAAUCAUUUUUUUUACUGCAUCCCGAGGGCAUCACGCCGAUAUCGGCGGCAUUUUACCAGGCUCAAUGCCGCCAACCUCUGUCAGCAUCUUUGAAGAAGGAGCAGAGAUCGUCAGCUUCAAGAUCGUUGAUGGCGGGAUCUUUGACAGAACUGGUUUGGUCGAGUAUAUGGUCGAAAAACCAAGUCAAUAUCCUGGGAGCUCUGGAUGCCGUAACAUUCGGGAUGUUGAGAGCGACCUCAAAGCACAAAUCGCUGCGAAUCAUAAAGGGAUCCAGCUUAUCCAUGCCAUCGUCGAUGACUACGGACUCGAUACGGUGCAAGAGUAUAUGUACCACAUCCGUUCCAACGCCGAGAAAUCUGUGCGGAAUCUCCUCCGCGACGUUGCCAAACGAGCUGGAUCCAACGUUCUUCCUGCCGUCGAUUACCUUGAUGAUGGCUCGCCGAUCAACCUACGGGUAGAAAUUAACGAAGAAGAAGGCUCGGCCAUUCUUAAUUUCACAGGCACAGGUUGCGAGGUCCGAGGGAAUUUGAAUGCGCCCAUUUCUGUAGUGCAUUCGGCAGUCAUCUACUGCAUGCGGUCCAUGCUGGAUAUUGAUAUCCCAUUGAAUGCAGGGUGUCUUGUGCCCCUUGAGAUCAUAAUUCCGCCGAAGUCGCUGUUGUCGCCGUCACGCACAGCUGCGGUUUGUGGAGGCAACGUUUUGACAUCCCAAAGGAUUGUGGAUGUCGUUUUGAAAGCCUUCCAUGCUGCUGCUGCUAGCCAAGGGUGUACCAACAAUCUCACAUUCGGGGCUGGCGGAAAAGACAAGGAUGGCAAUAGUGUAGCUGGCUGGGGCUAUUACGAGACAAUCGCAGGUGGUUCGGGUGCAGGUCCCUCAUGGCACGGAACUGAUGGCGUCCACACACACAUUACCAACACUCGAAUAGGGGACGUCGAGAUUCUCGAAAGAAGAUAUCCCGUCAUGUUGCACCAGUUCGGACUGCGCAGUGGAUCUGCAGGAGUUGGGAAAUGGCACGGUGGCGAAGGAGCUGUUCGCGAGAUUGAGUUCUUGGAGCCCAUGCAGGUUUCUAUCUUGUCAGAGCGACGGACGCGGCAACCAUAUGGACUGGAAGGUGGUGGACCUGGUGCGCUGGGCCGCAAUACCUGGAUCAAGCAAUGCCGAGAGGAAGACGGCGAUCUUGUUCAAGACAGCAUACUCACUCGCGAAAUUAACGUCGGUGGUAAGGCGACGAUAUGGAUGGGUAAGGGUGACCGGUUUUUGAUUGAAACACCUGGUGGAGGCGCGUGGGGUGUUGACGAGGGAAGGCUGAAAGCUGACGCUGAGCAUGUCAAGGCAUGGGAGCCGAGAGGCUCGAUAGCGGAGAGAGCAGCAGCGCAGGCUGCAUUUUAG